UCGCGAGGCCGAGCGGGCCCGGCAGAAGGCCAGAAAAGGGCUGAAGGGCUACUGAACAGCCACAUCAUCGUGAGAAAUUGAUUUCCUCCUCCAUAUUGCAUUUUCAUUCUCAUUUUCUUUUGUCUUCUCGUGUAUUAUGAGAUCAUGCGCCUAUACCCCAUAUCGCCAAACCCAGACAUUUUCAAUUCUUUUCUUUCGGCUACUGUGUUACACACGAAUUUUCUCUGGUUUUACCGUUGCCUACAUCUUCUCCUCUCUCGGAGUUAUCUCGAUUUCUCGAGAUAACAUCUACUUCACCUUCAGCUUCACUUUACCGGGGGCUGUACAGAAACAGACUGUCUUCCUCGUGGCUAGACUGGAAUAGGAAUAGAAAUUGACCGCGAUCAAUGUUCCAAGCAUUUUAUCUAUUGAUAUUGG